CAGGGCCAAGGAUAGGGUAACUAAUCAGGAAUUUCCCUCUGCCACUCCUGGAAAUGAGGGCGACGAAAAAGCAAACGCGCGACGAUUCAUUUUUACGCCUCCCGUUUCCGCUCAGAAAAUGAAGGUCUACAAUAUACCUAUGUGUGUUCAAAUGUACAGUCUUUUCCAAUGAACCACUGGAUGCCUACCUAUCUUGAAAAAAGUUGCACGAGGACGGGCGCCAGUUUCCAUCGUUCUAACACCAGCAAAGCUAUUAAUGGAUAGUUUUUAAGGAUUUAGUUUUUAAUCCAUUGCUGCGUUUACAAAUGGUUGGAGUACUAUUCCAGUGGUGGAGUCGCUUGCUGAAGUGGAAACGAAGCAACGAGUAAAACUUUGGGGAUUUAUAACUUUUGUGCGCCCUCUUCUCUGUGGAUUGGUGUUGCUACACCCUCUCGCACUAAUCGUUCAUGGCGUAGACGGUCGUCAUAUCUUCUUCUGUUUCCGAAGAACUUGGAUAAUACUUUCUGAGGAGUAAAACUCAAAUGAGAGUUUUUCUGGCGUGUGUGGUUGUAGCUUUCACACCAAGAAAGACAGAGGGUCGCAAAAAGAUCAGUUUAAAGUUUAUGUUUCUAACUGGAAGGAAUGGUUGACAAAAAAGGCGCAUGGAAGGAUGCUGUUUCUUGUACAAUGGAACUGAAAAGUAUUUUUACAGUUGCCGUGGUGUUGUGUUUGUUCAUUUCCCCGACUUUCAGCCAAGAACUCCAUCCUAAGGGUAGGAAUGUAUGCAAAUCGCCAGGGUCAUCCGACUCUGUGUGCUGCGGUGGAUGGGCCCAGGCGGGAGAGGAAUGCAUCAUACCUCUCUGUGAGGGCAACUUCACUUGUAAGGAGAACGAGGUGUGCGUCAGGCCCAACGAGUGCCGCUGUCGACAUGGAUACUUCGGAGCCAGCUGCGAUACUAAGUGCCCAACCCAAUUUUGGGGUCCGGACUGCAAAGGAAAAUGCAAUUGUUACCCCAAUGGGAAGUGUGAUGAUGUGACAGGCCAAUGCACAUGCAACCCCAACCGCUGGGGGUCCAACUGCGAGAAGGCCUGCGCCUGCCAGAAGGGCAAGUGUGACCAGGAGACGGGCAAGUGCACGUGCCAAUCGGGCUUCUGGGGGCCACAGUGCGCCAACAACUGCUACUGCCACAUCAACUCGGUGUGCGACCAGGCCAACGGGCGCUGCAUCUGCCAGCUGGGCUGGUACGGACGCAGCUGCAACAGCCAGUGUGCCUGCAACGGCAGCCCGUGCGAGCAGUUCACAGGCCGGUGUCUAUGCCGGGAGCGGCUUUGGGGGCAGCACUGCGAGCGCUACUGCCAGUGCGUGCACGGCAAGUGCAACCAGGCCGACGGCUCGUGCACCUGCAAGCCGGGCUACCGGGGCAAGUUCUGCCGUGAGCCGUGCCCAGCCGGGUUCUAUGGACAGAACUGCAGGAACAGGUGUGGCCACUGCAAAGGGCAGCAGCCCUGUAAGGUGACUGAGGGUCGCUGCAUCACCUGCGAGCGGGGUUGGAAUGGCACCAAGUGUGACCAGACGUGCGCCCCCGGCUAUUUCGGGGAGAACUGCAAGGACGAGUGCCCGCCCUGCAAAGAUGGGCACUUUUGCAGCCGCAUCGAUGGCAAAUGCUCUCACUGCAAUCCCGGCUGGAUCGGAGAUCGCUGUGAGCUGCGCUGCCCCAACGGUACCUAUGGGGACAGAUGUGAGAAUGACUGCAGCCACUGUUUUAACGGGGAGUGUCACUUUGCGACCGGAGAGUGCCUGUGUGAUCCAGGCUUUCAUGGGACUUACUGUAAUCUCACCUGUGAGUUUGGCCAGUAUGGAGUGAACUGUGCCCAGACCUGUCCAUGCCACGACAGAAACUGCAACCCUAUGUCUGGAGCCUGCAAUUUGCAGCCCAACCAGCGGAUGGGAGUGAUUGCGGCCGGGUCGCUGGUCGCCUUCCUCCUGGUGCUCCUCCUCUGCCUGCUCUGCUGCUGCUGUCUCUGCCACAACAAAGGUGACAUCAACCCAGACCAGGAUAAUUCCACCAGCAGCAAGAAGGCCAAGCGUCUCCUCUGUGGUCGCUUCAGCCGAAUCAGCACCAAGCUGCCGCGAAUUCCAUUACGUCGACAGAAGCUGCCCAAAGUCGUCGUAGCCCACCAUGAUCCUGAGAACACCUUCAACUGCAGCUUCAUCGAGCCCCCCUCGGAGGUUGAGCCUCACUCCCCCUCCUGGUCCGACCAGGAAUCCUUCUCGUCCUUCGAGACCAGCGAGGACGGUCCCGUGUACUGCAUACCCCACGAAGAGACCACUGGAGAGACUAACGAGAAAUGCAGUCCAGCACCUGUAGCAGAGAGCACAGUGGCGUCCAGCGAGGACGAUGCCGGGGAGUACACAUCCCUCAAAGAGACCACCCCAGCCAAGCCAGGCGACGGCAGCGAACAGCCACUGCUAAAAUCCACGGACAGCGAAGGCUCCACCAGCGGCUCCGAGUCGGCCGCCGGGGCCCUCUAUGCCCGCAUCGCCCGCCUCUCCAAGCAGUCCAAGGAGGACGAGGACAGCAGUGCCGGGGAGGUCAAAGGGAACGGCAAGCCUCCGUCUCCGGAGAGGAUCAAGCCUCGGCCGCCCGAUCCCUCCACCAAGCCCAAGGUUUCCUGGAUCCACGGCACAGCAGCGGGAACCAACCAACCAGACAAAGGGAAGGGAGAGACCCCGCCCGUGGAGAAGAAGAGAAGCUCCUCAGAGGCCAGCGAGAAACAGAGGAGUCGGGAGAAGUCGGGGAAGACCAAAGACAAGAAGAGCCCGGAGCACAAGGCCACUGAGGGAGGCGACUCUCCCAGCAAGGCCAAACCUCACAAGGGCCGCACGGCGGAGGAGCACAGGGAGCACAUCAACGGCGUGGUGCAGAACGCCCUGAAGAAGAUCAGCAACUUCCACUCGGAGAAGAAGGCUCCCAAGGAGGAGGUGACCUCCAAGGAGCCGCCCAAGAGCCCCAAAAUCAUGCAUCCGCACAUGAACUCGGAGGCCGCCACCCUGCUGGCCGCCCAGCUCAAGGAGAAGACUCAGUCCAUCAACCGCAACGAGGGACUGGUGGGGGUCAAGACCAACGGGCUGGCGGCCACACAGGCGCAGCGCGAGAAGCCAACCCCGCCCCAGAAGGCCAAGCGCACAGUCGGUGGGCCCCAGCUGCAGGGCUCCACCAAACCCCUGCUGCCCACUACAGGCAGCCUGCAGAAGAUGGUGGGGCCCGUGACGGACACGCCGGAGACGCCGGAGAAACAGCCGAGCAUGAACGGCUCAAAGACUGUGGAGGUGGUGGGGGAGUCCACGCCCAAGAGGACCCCCAUCAAAAAGCCACCGCGGAAGAAAGGCAAGGAGGGUAACCCCCCCGACGCCGAGAUCAAAACCACUCCAAAGACAGCAAUCAUGCCACCUCAAGUAGUGAAAAACAAUUAGUGCUGUUCAGUCUCAACGGUGCUGCUUGCUGAACCCCACGGUUGAUAUUUUCUCAUUAGUGACAAACGACUGUCAUAGUGUGUCAAGGAAACUGAUACAAAACAAGAUUUAAAAAAAAAAAAGGUCCAGGACAUAUCUGAUGCAACAAAUUAACUUGAGAAUAAUCUCGAGUGUAAAGUACUAAGAGGAAUGCUUUACCAUACAGUAUUAAUGUGUACAUGGGUUUUGAGGUAAUGUUAUAAGCUUGGUUUUAUAUUAUAAAUUCAAGUGUAUGCAAACUAUAAGCAGUUCAUUUAGUAUAUACUAUACUCUCCUAUUAUACAAGGUAUGUUAUUGAUGGGUGUUCUAAUCUGUGUUCGAAGACAGUGGCAUAAGUCUUAUGUUUUGUUGAGUUCUGCAGUAUCCAGUACUUCCAAGGUGGUUUAUGCAAAACAAAAAGAUUUUGUUUAUCGGCUACUGACCUAUCCAAAGAUUGGUACUGGUUAUGCAGACACAUUUGACUUGCCCAAUCCAGAUCCUGAUCAUAUUCAACAUAUAUAGGGUUAAAAAUCAGUUUAUCUAUAGACCAUAUGUAUCUACAACAAGGUUCGGUUAAUACUUGGAACUUGGAAAACUUAUUUGGCUCCGUGAUUACCCAUUUUAGUGAGAUGAAUAGCCUGUGGGGCUUGAGGUUAGCUCUCUGUCAUCUCCAAAAUGGUAGCUUCACCCAUGAUUGGCAUUUAAUUUUCUUUAGUUCAAAGUGCACACUGCAAUUUAAUUGUGAUAAAUCAUGCUUCAGUGCGGCCCGGCUGAACUUAGCCGGGACCCAUCACGAUACCACUGUCAAGCUCCCUCGGACCACUUGAUGCCUUGCGUAAGGAGAUGUGAAAAAUAACCUUUCUGUCAAACCCAAACAUGCAGCGGUCUGUGCCAUGGCGGUGCAAUCAACUGAGCCACACUGGAAUUCUUGACCAUGCAGUUUAACAGUAAAGUGCCUUUAAAAAGUUAAGUCAUGCCCUUAAGCGGUAUACGGUUUUAGUCAACAGUGGCCUUUCCUCUUCCCGCUGGGACUGAAUGUGUCUGUGUCUCUUACGGACAGGUUGAGAUGCAGUUACAAUGGCAGUUCCAGACUACUUCAGACUCUGGUGGCUAUUACUCAACCAAAGGUGGCAUACUUUUUUUAAAACUGCAUUCCAAAAUUACCCUACAGACACAAGACACACUCACAGAUACUUGUCUCUGCAAAGAUAAUAAUAGUAUUCAGCUUCUUCACUUGAGCCAAUGAUUCUCAAACGUCUAUCUUUCAUUGUAUCAGCUUAUGGAAUAAUAACACCACAGGUCCAUGUAAUCACUAUCAAAGAUCCAACCAAACUGUUCAAAUCACAGGUAUUGAUGUUAAUAUUGUUCCUAUGCAAGAGACCACACCGGAGUUGAAUGGUACGCGUGGACCAUCUCUCGAAUGCCGGCCACAUACAUGCUUAGACGAUGACUGUCUUCUUUGAGCGGUUUCCUGCACACAUUGUCUCCCUUCAGUCUGUCAUACCAUGUAAUUAUGGAACAACACAUCAUGUUCAGAGUUAUAGGCCUAACAAGCACUUGUGGGUUAUUCUAAGACCAGGAAUACCCUCUCUAUUAAAUUGAGGACUAGAAUCAAAUACUAGAAGAAAACUGGAGGCUUUUUGAGUUUAGAUGCAAUGUAUUUAGGUGUUUUGUACUGUCUUGUGCGUCGUCCGAUUGAAACCCUAAGAGUGAGUGUCAGUGUGUACAGACAGCAGUAUGACAUAAAGACCACGUGCUUAUGAUGUAUGUAAAGGAAAAAUUUGUUGUUACUAUGGUUGCAACUGUUUUCUAUAAUGGUACAACUAUUUAGUCGUUAUAAUGGUUAUUUUUCUACGUUAAAAUAUUUUGUAAUAAUAUUUUGUCUAUGUCUGUAAGCUGUGCUUAUGUGAUUUUUUGCUAUAUCAUGUUAUUUUUACGUUAAAUGAACUGGCUUUCAUUUUUCUUUAUACCUUUUUGUUUGUUUCCUCGUUUUAUAUAUAAACAUCAGGUACAAAAAUUGAAUAUGAUUUUACAGUAUACUCGAGACUUUUUAGUGGUUGUGAGAUAUUAUUUUUGUCAUUUCUCUGUGGAGAUUCUUGUUCUUUGGAAUAUGAACUGCAUGAAGCAGAUAAAUGAUUUGUCAAUUCAUAUCCAUCUUUUCCACUGGGUUUAUUUAAAAUUGCCUUUUUCAAAUAACUCACUCCGACAAGACCAGUUAUACAUGAUUUUGCACAAAUGUCUAUGUGAAAACAUGCUUUGAUUGUAAAUGUUUGGAAGACUGAUAUGAGAUUUUGAGGACUGAGAUUUUGCUUAAAACAAAAAAGAGAAUCUUAUAUCUAACUGGUCUAGUCAUUCAUUUUCACCAGUAAACCUGGGUAUGUUAACAGAAUUAGUUUCCAUUUGACAGUGUGUCCUUGUAAAUGUGUUGUUCCUCAGUUACUUCAAGAAAAUAAAAUGAAACUGUAGCAAUUGGA